AUGUAUUCAACUAACGGCGCUCUUAUAAAACGAGCCGCCCGUCCAUCAGAGGCCGAGAUUAACCACAACGACGUGCCCGGACAUGUCGGGCGCCAACGGGUUGAUGCCAUAGUGGCAAAGGUGCGCCAUAAGGCCGUCGUAAUGGACAGUCAGAUAGAAAGACCUCAACCUCAUGAUAAAGUAGCCGUCGAUGGGACUGGUCAUGUGAGGUCUGGGUUUGCGUUGGCACCGGUACCACAAAAGGCUGUCCAUGGGAAUAAGCACCAUGAUGAUAAAGUUGCGGUGGAGGGUAAGGGCGAUAUGCCGGAUACAAGCCCAGUCAACUCACACAUACAACCCUUUGAAAUGUCCAGAAAUUCAAACGCUAUUCCCCAUCCGGUUCCCGUACAUAACGGUAUGGCUAUUGGUAACCCUGGUCACCCAAAUCCCGUGAACAAUGGUAAACUCGGCCAUUACUACCCACACCCUAAUGACAAGAGCGAGCAACUAAUUAAGGAACUGGAGUCCGAUCCGAGAUUUUUUAAGGAGUUUUUCGCGUCGGUGUUCAAAAAGUUUGGAGCAUUGCCAUUUUUCAAAUUAUUCGGUAAAUGACCUAGUAAUGCCAUUUAUGAUCAAGAUAACUAAUAUAACGGCAUAGAAAUAUUUUAUUAUAAUAAUUAUUAUAAUUAUUAUAACUUUAAUACAUAUUAUAAUAGGUUAUACUUUUGUUUAUUUACUAAUUAUAUUGAAUUAUAUU